GAUUGAAACUGCUGGAGGACAGCCACCGUGGCGUCAGCGCGAACACUCUCUUUUUUGUCCUCGGUGUGUUCCGUAGCACGCAGUUCCACAACGUGCGAGCAGAGAGGUAAAGACUUCUGGUUUCAACCACAGCUUAAAGUCCUGCAAACGAAGUCAACGAAUCAAGAAUCAUGGCAGAAAAGAAAGAGAUGUCUCCAAUUGAGUUGAAAGUGGCACGGCAAAUAGAGUACUACUUUGGGGAUCACAAUCUUCCGAGAGACAAGUUUCUCAAAGAACAACUGCAAGUGGAUGAUGGCUGGGUGACUUUGGAGACGAUGCUCAAAUUCAACAGACUGAAGUCUUUAACUACAGAAAUCAGCGUCAUCGCUGAAGCUCUCCAGAAAUCAAAGACUGGCCUCUUGGAAAUGAGCGAAGACAAGACAAAAAUCAGGAGGUCUCCAAACAAACCCUUACCCGAAGUGAACGAUGAUUACAAAGAUGCUCUUAAACACAAAUCUGUGUACAUGAAAGGUUUUCCUCUCGAAACUUCCCUUGAUGAGAUUCAGGAGUGGCUGAAUGGGAAAGGCCCCAUAGAAAACAUUCAGAUGAGGAGAAACCUGCAAAGGCAGUUCAAGGGAUCAGUGUUUAUCUGUUUCGACACAGAAGAGUCGUGUAAGCAGUUCCUAGAACGUUCCGACAUAAAAUCCUUCAAAGACAACGAGAUGCUUGUUUUAUCGAGAGAAGACUACCAUGUAAAGAAAGCAGAAGAGAGAAAACUGUACAAAGCGGAGACUAAAGCAAAAGCUAAACAUGACAAGGAGCACCAGCAGAAACAAGUAGAAGACAAAGAAAUGGGUCUGCUUUUGGAUGAGCAGACGGGUUGCUUGUUGAAGUUUUCAGGAGAGCUUGAAGAUGUUUCAAGAGAGGACUUCCAUGAACUGUUCUCUGGGCAUGGAAAGAUAAAGUGGGUUGAUUUUACAAGAGGAGCCAAAGAGGGCACCCUCCUUUUCGAUGGGAAUGCAAAGGAAGCGUUCGAUAAGGCCAAAGAGGCAAACGGAGGGGAAUUGAAAAUCAAGGCCAACAGUGUUACAUGGCAGGUGCUUGAGGGAGAGGAGGAGAAGGAGGAACUGAAGAAGAUCAUCGAAGCUCAACAAGAAUCGUACAACCGGUCCAAAAGCAGAGUUGGCAGAGGAAGAUCAGGUGGCAGAGGAGGAAGAGGAGGCCGAAGGGGAAGAGGCGGCCGAGAUCAAGGCAGGAGUCAGUACAAGGGCAGAAAGACGAAAUUUGAAAGUGAUGAUGAAGACGAUGCACCUGCUGCCCCAAAGAGAGAACGAGAAGAUGCUGAUGGUCCCGCAGCAAAGGUCCCCAAAACUGAAAACGGAUCUUAGUCACGACAUUGCACAAGGAUGGGAUUUUUUUUUUUGUGAAAACAUUUAUUAUAAACGGUGAGAAUGCAGAGGCAACUUAAAUCCAUUCCAGUGAAAGCUUCAGGCUUUUGAGAAUCGUAGGAAGUCCACCUGGAUGUCAACCUAGAAAAAGAAAUUGCAAAGCUUGGUGUCAGUUUUCAGCCUUUUUUAAGUCUCUGUUUUUGUGCCUCUCAAAUCUUUGUGUACCUAUAUUUCUCCACUAAAGAUGUUUUUUGAUUUUAUCAUAUUCAACAUUAAUUUGCUCUUUGACAGUAAUUUAAUUACACCUGAACAUUUAGUAGGUUUUGUGCCAUCAUGGUUUUUUCCCCUUGUAGAUUUCCUACAGUGAGUGAUGACCUUUGCUUUGCUAUUUUUUUUUAAGUUUGCAUAUGUGAAUAGCAAAUAAAACAUUUAUAAAAAUUAA